CACUCAUCCUCCCGCUCCUUUGGAGGUAGCAGAAAAGUCUCAGAACAGCUCAUUUUACAGGCUCCCGGACCUCAAGUAUUGGUUUACCUCUCCAUUCGUAUUCAUUCAGACGCAACACAUUUCUGGCAGGACCACCAAUCUCAUUUCACAAUUCAAGACGUGUAUAGCACUUAGAUUGAUCAUAAUCUACCAAUAUGCCUGUCGAGACAGACCUUUAUGAGCUCCUCGGUGUGCAUCCCGAGGCUUCUGAAGAUGAGAUCAAGAAAGCGUAUCGCCGAAAGGCCAGGGAACACCAUCCAGAUAAGAAUCCCGAUGAUCCGACAGCGGGACCAAAGUUUCAGGAGAUGGCAGCAGCAUACGAGAUACUCAGCUCUACUGAAACACGAGAGGUGUACGAUCUAUAUGGCAUGGAAGGCUUGUCGAAGGGCGGCCCAGGCGGUCCAGGUGGUAUGAGUACCGACGACAUCUUCUCGGACCUGUUCGGCGGGGUCCGCUUCGACUUUGGGUUUGGACCAGGAGCACGGAAGCCUCGACGCACAAGAGGGGAUGAUUCCAUCAUCCAGUAUGAUGUGACGUUGGAGGACCUCUAUAACGGCAAGACCGUCAAGAUGAACAUGGAGAAGGAAGUAGUCUGUGGUGUAUGUAAAGGAUCAGGAGCGCGGGGCUCAGCGAAGCCCAAGCCUUGUGUCAAGUGCGAGGGUAAAGGAUGGAUUAUGGUUCACUCGCAGCUUGGUCCUGGUCGAAUAGCUACCUCACAAGCGAUGUGUCCCGACUGCGAUGGCCGUGGAGAGAAGCUACGAGAGAAAGACCAGUGUAAGAAGUGCAAGGGUAAGAAGACAGUCAAGGAAAAGACACGUCAAGAAAUAUAUAUAGAACGCGGAAUGGCCGAUCGCCAGAAAGUCAUACUUGCAGGUGCAGGAGAUGAGGAGCCUGGAGUCACUCCUGGUGAUGUGAUUUUCGUGUUGAAGACCCGCAAGCACGACUCCUUCGAGCGAUCGGGCAACGAUUUGCUUACCACUGUGCAUAUUACGCUCUCGGAAGCGCUCCUCGGAUUCUCGCGAAUCCUUGUAACGCAUCUGGAUGGGCGAGGAGUCCAGGUCUCGAGCCCAUCGGGAAAGAUCAUCAGACCUGGCACGACCAUUGUCCUACGAGGCGAGGGCAUGCCUGUCUACAAAAACCCAGAUACAAGGGGAAACCUCUAUAUUAUGCUUGAGAUCGACAUGCCAGACGAGGAGUGGCUAAGGAGCAUAGACAAAGCCGCUCUUGCGCAGCUGCUACCGCCAAAGAAGCCAGAUAUGGACCCGCGACCGGAAGUCGUGGACGAGGUGCCGUUCGAAGAGAGCGACAUGGCGGACUUCGGCGAGGGCGACGAGGGCGAGUGGGUGGACGAGGACGAGGACGAGUACAACCCAUAUGGUGCAGAGCCAGAGUGCACACACCAAUAGACGUGUGGGUCUUGCUGGGGUCAUCGGAUGGGAUGCUGGGCUGCAGUUGG